AUGUUGGCAAUCCUUUACAUAGUCUACUCCAAAACCAUCAACGCCAACUUUGUAAUUUUUGUUGUGACAAUCACGAUUGGAUGGAUUUGUGCGAUAAUGAGUAGCGGUGAAGAAAAGGCAGAUUCUCUGUUAUACGUGUUAGAAUACGCUUUCACGGCGUGGAAAAUGUUCCUUGUAAGAUCAGCACCAGCGAAGAAACUCUUAAAAGAAGUUUUCUCACUGGGACAAACAAGAACGGCAUCAGACAGCGGCAUUAAGAGAAUACACUGUGAUUUUUCCAGAUACAAUUUCAAAAUGUUUUGUAGCUUAUUGAUCGUCACUACAAUUACUUUGAUCCUGUUCAUACUGCAUGCUUAUGGGAGUUGGAAGCUGUGGAGGGAACAAGAAUUGCAAGGCAUGGAGCCAAAGAGAACCCUCAUAUUUCCCGAAUGGUUACCAUUCGACAAAGUGAAAAUGUUCGAUGUCAUUUAUUUUUAUCAAAUUUGGAACGCAUCUUUGGCUGCAGGUUUGAUAGUGGGUACUGACGUGGUUUUUGUUUCUUUAGUAUCGUUCACUUCAGUCCGCUUGAGAGUAUUGGGGUAUAAAAUGAGGAACUUUGGCAGAGGGAUUGAGGAUGAAUUUAAAAAUAAUCCGGAAAUUUUAAGAAACCUGAUCUUGGAACACAAGGACAUCAUCAGGUAUGUGACUGAUUUGAACGACUCCUUGAAAUUUUAUUUUUUGGUCGACUUCUUGGCAAAAUCUUAUCACAUUUCUAUAAUUCUGUUCAACAUGCUAGUUGUCUUCAAGGCCAGCAAAUUGGGAUUCACAUUGUACAUGACCGAGACGGUCCUCUUGUUUGUUGAAGUUACCAAUUUGUAUACCCAAGCCAAUGAUCUGUCUUUAAACAGCGAGAAGUUCGGGCUCGAUAUCUUUGAAUGUGGCUGGUAUGAACAAACUCCCGAAAUCAAAAAAAGUCUUCAUAUCAUGAUGCUGAGAGCACAGCGCCCUCUAAAGCUGGAAAGUGGCGGAGUUAUAAUUCUUGGUAAUGAACUAUUGCUGAAGGUAAAUCAAGUUUUCAAUUAA